GGGCCAGCGGGGAAACGAGAUUGAUAUCGUCCGACAUCUUCCGUUGGGCACUUCAGCUUGAUGCGCCUGAGAUCAUUUGGGCUUUACAGGAUUGCGGAUUGUCCCGAAUCGAUAACUAAAUAUACCAUCGGCUAAGAAACAUUCAAUAUCUGGGUAUGCUAUGCUAGGACGUGUUCCAAUUUGAGGAGGGGUGGGAAUUUACAGCCAGAAUUCUACUUCAACUGGAAUAACUCACGAUGUUUCCCGAAGGGCAAAAUGAGAGCGUCAUCCUGGAUACUUGGCGUUGAAAGGGGGGGGCUGAAAUGAAUACAACAGCAACUCUCAAUGCUCCCAUCGCCCGGUUUUCCCAGCUGACAUAUAUUUAUAUCAUACCGCUCUCGAACGUCAGAGCGCGGAAACAUUCGGCCUGUAUUUAUAACCCUGAGGGCCUCGCAGGGCAAUUUACGGCUUCCUGUCCCCUGAAGCUUGACACGUUCCUUCAUUCAACAUGAGAGCUGAGGUCUGCGUUUUAAACGGGACAAAAUUCAAUGGGGGGAACUCCAUUUUCUUGGAGUCAUAUGGAUGAGUCUCUAUUUUCUAAAAGCAAUAAUGACCCUACCCUAUCGUCAUUGGGAAUUUCCCAAAAUAUUUGUUUCAGUGAUAUGAUGGUGCGUCUCAAUAUUUCCGGUGGCUCUGGAAAUAUUGUCCGCGAUUUAUCUCAAGACUUUCUACAUAUCUUCGGGAGAAAGGGCAGAGAAAGCUGCCAUAAUCAAGCACCAAUCCCACGUUUACUUCCAAGAUGGCAGCUCAUGGGAACUUCAAUGGACAACUUAAUAUGCCACCGGCUAAGAAACAUUCAAUCAUGAGUACUUUGGAACUAGCACAUGAACUAAAAUGGGCUCUGAAUUAUAUUUGACGACGGAGGGAAAAAGAAAAAAGAAAAAGAAAAAUCCCUCAGCAACAAUGAGUUUCCUGAUUCCACAGGCACAGUGGACCUCCUGCUCUCAGAGCAUCAAUAUUGAGCAUGGACGUACCAGAGUCCGUGCCAUUCCAGUUGAAUUACGAAACCGGACCUCUCUUGAACCAAAACAAACGGGGCCUCAUGGGUCAUUGCGAGGAAUGCAAAACACUGCUCACAAAACGAGAAUGCCGGUACCAUUCAAUCAUUGCAAAAGUGUACGGAGCAAUCUAAAUUUAUUGGCACAAGAAUAGCUAAGAGCAACAACAAGGACGACAUCGCACUCGGAUUGAACUCAUUU